AUGCGUUUCUCCACGUUCCUUACCACCUACUCGGUGGUCACCUCAACCGUGCUUGCCUACCCCGGCAUGGCCAAUGAUCCAGGCUUUAGCAAACGGCUAGCAAAGCUGAUGGAGCGUGAUUCUGAUGAGUUCGACUCAAACGAGCUCAUCGGCGAUCUCAUUACUCUGCCAGACAGUGCCCUUACUCCAGUUGCCAAAGAUAUCAAGAAUAUCAUCAUGGGUGAUGGCUCUGGAGAGAGUGAUGUCACUUACACAGGCGCUGUGCCAGCUCUGAAGAGCGCCGAGUGUGGCAAGGACACUUGUUGCGUCUGGAAGUACAUUGCCGACGACAUGGUCAAGCUUUUCAAAGGAAACUCUGGCCGCUGCACCAAGUGGGCUCGCAAGGCUGUUCGUCUUGGCUUCCACGAUGCUGGUGGCUGGUCAAAGCAGACUGCGGCCCAAGGGCUUCAGGGCGGUGCCGACGGCUCCAUCUGCCUCAAUAGCGUGGAGCUGACCUUGACAGAGAACAAUGGCCUCCAAGAUAUUGGCGAUCAAAUGAAAGCCUGGUAUGCGAAAUACAACACCCAACUUGGCUUCAAGAGUGUCACCAUGGCGGACCUUAUCCAGAUGGGAGCUACCGUUGCGACCGUCGUCUGCCCACUCGGACCCCGUAUCAAGUCAUACGUUGGCAGAAAGGACUCCAGCAUUCAAAACCCCCAGCUUUUGCCGGGUGUCACCCAGUCCGCCGAUGAUUUGAUCAGUCUGUUUGAGGACAAGACCAUUCGUCCACAUGGCCUUGUGGCACUCCUCGGCGCUCACACCACCAGCCAGCAGUUUUUCGUUGACACCAACCGUGCUGGUGACCCGCAAGACUCUACACCUGGUAUCUGGGACGUUUUAUUCUACGGACAAACUCAAGGAACCGCAGCCACCCCCAAGCGAGUCUUCAAGUUCCAGAGUGAUAUCGUCAUCUCGCAGCACCCCAAGACUCAGAACGAAUGGCAGGAGUUUGCCGGAUCUGGCGGACAAGACCACUGGAAUGAGGACUAUGCUCGCGAAUAUGUCCGACUUUCGCUUCUAGGUGUCAACAACAUCAACACCCUCACCGAGUGCACAAAGGUCCUGCCGGCCGCCAUCAAGUCUUUCACGGCGCCGGACCAGAAGAAUGUGGACAAGUGGCUCAACACACUCGGCAGCAAAUCUGUGCUAGGCCAGCAGCUGGCCAACGCCCUCAAUGAUGGUCAAAGCAUUGCCUCAUUCAUUAUCAGCACUGUUCUCGGCAUCCUGUUGUAA